AGUACAGGAACAACAAAGCAGCGGACCAGCAUCUUCAGCACCAGACGAAUCCCACCUUCGUAUCGACAGCACACCUGUGUGAAGGUGACAAUUACACGUGUCUGAGCGUCUUUAAACACAGGCUGGUCUUUGCAGUAAUUAAUAGAGUCCGACUGUUGACCAGCCUGCUGUGUGCGUGCAAUCUGACGGCUGCCUUGGCAUGCAGCAGCUCUUACUUUAGGUAGGAGGAGUUAUUUUAGUGCUCAUCAUCAUCAUCAUCAUCAUCAUCACCAUCAUCCUCCCCGCAGCCCCUCGGCGGCUUCAGAAGAAACCCUCCGCGCUCGGCUCGACAUGGACGCUCUGCAUCUCGCGCUGUUUCUCGCGGUCUCCGCCUGCACGGUGCCAGUGUCUCUUCAAGGGCCAGGCCAGCGCAGGCUGUACAGUGACCUGGUGACUGACUACAACCCGCUGGAGAUACCCGUCCUCAACGACUCUCAGAAUCUCACCGUUGAAUUGGGCAUCAACCUGAUUCAGAUUCUGGAUGUGGAUGAGAAGAACCAGGUUUUGACGACCAACAUUUGGCUCAACAUGCUCUGGGAGGAUUCUUACCUUCAGUGGAAUGCAUCAGACUAUGCAGGUGUGACCAAUGUGAGAUUUCCUCCACAUCUCAUAUGGAAGCCAGACAUCCUGCUGUACAACAGCGCUGAUGCAAGAUAUGAUGCCACCUCCCACACCAACAUUUUGGUCAGCACCAACGGCUCCUGUUUCUACGUACCCCCAGGGCUCCUCAAGAGCACCUGCAAAAUCGACGUGCGCUGGUUCCCCUUCGACGUCCAGAGGUGCGAGCUGAAGUUUGGCUCCUGGACCUACGGGGGCUGGUCCCUGGACUUGAAGCUGUUGGAGGCCGACCUCACGGACUACAUCCCCAACGGAGAGUGGGAUCUUGUGGAGGUCAAAGGGCAGAGGAACGAGCAUCACUACAAGUGCUGCGAGGAGCCGUACGUCGACAUUACCUACACCCUGGUGAUGAGGAGGCGGAGCCUCUUCUACGGCCUCAACCUGCUCAUCCCGUGUGUCCUGAUCUCCGCCCUGGCGCUGCUCGUCUUCCUGCUGCCCGCCGACUCCGGAGAAAAGAUCUCGCUGGGCAUUACGGUCCUCCUCUCCCUGACCAUCUUCAUGCUCCUGGUUGCAGAGAUUAUGCCCGCCACAUCGAACUCGGUGCCCUUAAUAGCCCAGUACUUCGCCACCACCAUGGUCAUUGUUAGUCUCUCCAUAAUUGCCACAGUUCUGGUCUUGCAAUAUCACCACCAUGACCCUGAUGGAGGCAAGAUGCCAAAGUGGACCCGCGUGAUCCUGCUGAACUGGUGCGCCUGGUUCCUGCGCAUGAAGCGCCCGGGCGAGGAGCGUCCGCACUCGGCCUGUCGCCACGAGGCCCCGGCCAACAGCGUGACCGGCGCCGGGGCCCCGUCCCCUCCGUCCGCCAACGGCAAACUGCUCUACGUCGGCAUCCGGGGCCUGGAGAGCGUCAAGUACGCCGCCACCUCGCCCGACUCCGGGGUCCUCUGCGCGCGGCUGGCCGGGCCGGCGGGAGGGGACGAGGUGCUCCUCCCCGCGGGCGGCGGGGAGCCGGAGCUGGCCAAGAUCCUGGAGGAGGUGCGGUACAUCGCCGAGCGCUUCCGCGGCCAAGACGAGGGCAAGUCGGCGUGCAACGAGUGGAGGUUCGCGGCGUGUGUGGUCGACAGGCUUUGUCUCGUGGCUUUCUCGCUCGUCACUAUCCUCUGCACCUUCGGCAUCCUCAUGUCGGCGCCCAACUUUGUGGAGGCCAUUUCCAAGGACUUUUUCACUUAAGAAAAAAAAGGGAAAUAAAGGCCUUCACCAAUCUCUCCUAUCACAAAGUAACCAUUCGUAAUCUGAUGUGGCAGUAACAUGUAUAAAGUUAAAGCGCUAUAUGGACAUGUAUCACCACAUUUAACCGUACUGAAUCCAAUUAAGGACUUAAAAUUGUGUGGCAUGAAUUGCAUAUAUACUUAAAUGUAUGCCCAUUCUUUGCCUAUUAUAUUACACAGUCACUUGCCAUAUUAAAGGAACAUUUCAAUAUUGUAUUCUCUUGUACAAUUUUGAAAUGACUAAGAAAUACUGAUACUUUAAAGCAUUUUUUAAGUUGGGUAAUUUGCUAAUCUAGUACUAGAAUCUACUUACGUGAUGUUGAGUGUCUGUUAUUGUGUUAACAAUUCAAUAUUCUACUAACAAUCUACUCCUUAUCCAAAAAAAUGAGAGCCACAGUAUAUCUCGUAUUAAAAUACUCGUAUUAAAAUAAUGUUUCCAUCUAUGUGAUGUUGCAUGUCACCUUUCUAUAAAUACAAAUUAUAACAGCAAUG